AUGGGAGGUGAAUCGAUUUCAGCCGAAGGCAUUCAAGGCAAGAAAUCAUCCAAGAAAACAUCCUCUAAAGAAAUAUCUAAAAUACCACUAGAGGAAACUAUUCGUAAAGUCCUUCAUGAUAGUGGUAGAAAAGAUAGUAUCUCAAAAUGA